AUGGCCGAUUCUGAGACGACCAAGGAUGUCAUAGCUGGCUGGGUCGGUGGUGCUGUCGGUAUCGUUAUUUCUAAUCCGCUCGAGGUCUUGAAGGUGAGGCUGCAAACCAAUCCAAGCCCGAACCUGGACCAUCCGAUCAGCUUGGAUACAUUGCUCUUCUCCCGCUCGCCCUCGCCGCUCCACCACGGCCAGAGCAGUCCAGCGACCCUUGCACUUCAAUACUCUAUCCCACCCACCGGCUUCCCACAUCCUCAAUCCACCUACAUCCAGAAUACGAACCAUCUCAAAUCUCACAACUUGGGUAGUCCUAACUCAAUCAUCAGCGGCCUGAGAGGACUCUGGAAGAAAGAAGGAUACAAGUUUCUGUUCGCUGGCGCGGCUGCCCCGAUCAUCGGUCUCGCGUUCAUCGACUCAUUCUUCUUUGCAACCUAUGGAAAAUGCAUGAACACAUUUCAACAAGAUCGUGAACGGCCAAAUCAUCUAGGCUAUGUAUUUACAUCCGGAGCGGUUGCCGGAGGGUUUUGUGCGCUCUUACAAACUCCAAUCGAGGUCAUCAAGUGUCGCGCCCAGGCCGAGCAUCUGAAUCACGAAACAGGCUCCAAAUCGGGCUCAUUUCUAAUCGCUAAAAAAAUCUACCGUCGGGACGGCUUCCAGGGGUUCUAUCUAGGUGGUCUGAUGACCGGUUUGCGCGACUCGCUCAGCAGUGGGAUUUUCUUUACGAGUAAUGCAUUGAUGCGAGGCGGCUUGCGGCAGCUUUACCCGCAACAAGCGACUGCCCUACCUGAUCCUGGGAAUUCACUGACAACUUCCACCACACGGUCUCCAGAAAUCCUGGUUAACAUGAUUGCUGGCGGUUCGUCAGGCAUGAUAUCUGCUCUACUACCGUACCCACUCGACAUUAUCAAGACCCGAUUACAAGUGACCAAAGUCACCUCUUCCUAUCAAGCCAGCUCCACUGAACCCUCUCCAUUACCUCAUCCAAGCCCGGCCAAUUCUCCCAAAUCGUCUAAUGGAAGGAGCUGCUCAUCAUCGAUCAUACCCAUCACCCAACAAAUCUAUAGCGAGGGAAAGAAUCGGAUGUUACCCACCUUACACCACACCCGCUUCUACCGCCUCUUCAGCCUACUCGUACCAGUUCUUGACGCAUUCAGAAAAUCACCAUCCUCCGCAUCUUCACCGCACUCUCGUCUACUCAGUCAGCGCAGACGAAUCUUGAAGAUCUCGCUCAAGGCGGCUGGAUUGAUGGGCUUCUUCAAAGGCUUAAAGCCUACCUUACUCAGUAGUUUUGUUGGCUCAGCUAUCACUAUGGGCAUCUUUGAAUUCGUUUUUGACUUCCUUGGCAAUCCAGUACAUUAG